AUGCUUCCACAGAUCCCGCGCCCAAGCGACUACGACGUCUCGGACGUCAACGGCUUCCUUCCGGCCGACAUCCCUCUGGAGUUUCUUACGGACCCUUACUACCGGCCGUGGGAGAGCACCGUCAACAACUUGCAGGCGUUGAUCCUGACCAGGAGACUGCGCGGAGUUGUCGACCGGCUGCCCGUCCUGUCGACCGACUUGCUCAGCAGCGAACCCGAAUGGCGGAGAGCAUACAGUGUAUUGGCCUUCAUCGCGCAUGCGUACAUCUGGGGUGGAGAGUCACCGGUCGAUGUGAUCCCGCCGUCGAUCUCCGCACCCUUCCUCUCCACGUGCCGCCAUCUCGAACUGCCGCCUGUGGCUACCUAUGCUGGCCUUGUUCUCUGGAACUGGCGUCCGCUGGACCCUUCGGCGCCCAUUGACAACCUCGAGAACAUUUUCACCCUGAACACGGCAACUGGGUCCUUGGAUGAAUCAUGGUUCUACCUUGUUUCGGUGGCCAUCGAGGCUCGCGGCGCGCCCAUUAUUCCCAUGAUGCUGGACGCCAUCGAAGCAGCCCGCUACGGAGAUAGCCACACCGUGACCGAGUGCCUGCGCUCCUUCGCUGAACGCCUUGACGAGUUGGGCACGCUGCUGCAGCGCAUGUAUGAGAACUGCGACCCCCACGUUUUCUACAACCGGAUCCGGCCGUACUUGGCAGGCUCCAAGAACAUGGCCGAUGCCGGUCUGCCCAAUGGUGUCAUCUUCGACGACGGUACUUCGAGCCCCCAGAAUUACGUCCAGUUUUCCGGCGGCUCCAACGCCCAGAGCUCCAUCAUUCAGUUCUUCGACAUUGUCCUGGGCAUCGAGCACCGCCCGACAGGCGAGAAGCCGGCCGGCAGCUCUACGACGCAGUCCUCUGAGCAGCAGGGCACGCCACCGCACCCGCCCACGCCCUCGCACAACUUCAUCAAGGACAUGCGCACCUACAUGCCCGGCGGACACCGGCGCUUCCUUGAGGACGUGUCCAACGUCGCCAACAUCCGCGAGUACGUCUCAGCGCGGCGGCACGACCGCGCGCUCUGCACGGCCUUCGACGCAUGUCUCGCGAUGCUGCGCGCCUUCCGCGACGUGCACAUCCAGAUGGUGUCGCGGUACAUCAUCAUCAAGUCGCGGGAGUCGGCCUCGCGCACCGGCGCCACGCCGCACCAGCGCACGAACCUGGCCUCGGCGAACAAGAUGCAGACGAUCACGGCGGGCAGCGUCGGCGCCGAGGCCUCGGGCAGCGGCAAGAAGGACCUCCGCGGCACGGGCGGCACGGCUCUGAUCCCCUUCUUGAAGCAGGCGCGCGACGAGACGGGCGAGCCCGCCAUUGACGCCUGGGCUAGGCGCCUGCUGGGCAAUGGGCCGGCGGACGCGGGCGGUCGCGGUAAGGGCGGCGCGCGCUUGACGAAGAUGGGCGAGCAUGCUAGUGGUGAGAUGACGACGGUGGGGUUGGCGGGCGUGUGGAGCGUCGAUGAUAGUGAAGGUGGCAUCUGCCAUUGGUAG